UUCCAUGUUCAUCUGCUGCUGCUGCUGCGAUUAGAGUUAGUUGAGAUAUUUGCUGCCACUGAUUGUGUGUUGGAAUGGCUCUGCUGAGGCUCCCAUAUCUCUUCUCGUCAUCAACACCAAACCAAUCUUCAUUGAUUACUUGUCAAACGCAUCCGUUCAGUUCAGUCAGAACAAAGAAAAGAGAGGUUUCCAGAUUAUAUGCCUCUAGUUCAGGUGGCAAGAGCGACCCCUAUUUGAUGGACUCUGAAGAGAGACGUGAAUGGAGAGACAAGAUCAGGCAAGUGUUAGAUAAGAACCCAGAUUUGGAGGAGGAGCUAGACCCUAGUGAAAGGAGCAAGAAAGUGCAGGACCUUCUGACCAACUAUCCUCUUGUUGUGGAUGAGGAUGAUCCUGAAUGGCCUGACGAUGCUGACGGCCGGGGUUUCAAGUUGGAUAAUUUCUUUGACAAGAUUACUAUCAAGAACAAUCCCAGGAAGAAGAAUGAGAAUGACGACGACGACGACGAUAGUGACGACGAAAUUGUAUGGCAAGAUGAUAAUUACAUUCGUCCCAUCAAAGAUGUAACUACUUCAGAAUGGGAAGAUACCGUUUUCAAGGACAUUAGCCCUUUGGUCAUUCUUGUCCAUAAUCGCUAUAAAAGACCAAAAGAAAAUGAAAGAAUUCGCACUGAACUGGAGAAGGCUGUACAAAUUAUAUGGAAUUGCAGGCUACCUUCACCAAGAUGUGUUGCAAUUGAUGCUGUUACUGAGCAUUACUUGGUGUCUGCUCUCCAAGUGUCUGUCUACCCUGAGCUCAUCUUCACUAAGGCUGGGAAGAUAUUGUAUCGUGAGAAAGAAAUAAGAAGUGGAGAUGAACUCUCAAAAGUGAUGGCUUUCUUUUACUAUGGAGCAGCCAAACCACCCUGUUUGAAUGGAAUCGGAGAUAGGCAGGAAGAAAUUCCAUCCAUUCCUAUCAAUGCCCAACCAUGAUACUAGACUGAAACGAUACAUAACAAAUCAAAGUAGGAUGAGCGUACCUGUGAUAUCCAGAAGCUGAACCAGAAGUGGAUUUCCAGCCAAAAUAAGCAUUGUAUUUUGUUGAUUGUCCACCUUUGACAUCUGGCACAGAAUAAACUCCUUUGUCAUGCAAAUCCACAUAGUCAGACUGUAAAGCACCAGCAAUAAGAGUGUCAUCAAAGGCUGUCAUAUGGGGGUAGGAUUCGCUUGGAGGGCAUUUACUGGAGUCGCAUUUGGAGCACUGGUUGCAAAGCUGAACACUCUUCAAAUGUGGGACUGGAGUCGCCCCAUGGGCUAUGGGCGUCACCAGGACAAGCAGCAGGCAGAUAGAGAGACAGGAGUAGUACUUCUCCAUGUUUGUGUGUCUUUUAGUUCUCUGCCUCUCUCUAAUCUCUAUAUAU